AUGUCGGACAACACAAACCCCGGAAACUUCUCCAAUCGCCCCCAGGAGCAGGUGGAGAAUAUCGCUCGCAAGGGUGGCCAGUCCAGCCACAGCGGCGGCUUCGCAAGCAUGGACUCCUCUAAACAGCGAGACAUUGCGUCCAAGGGUGGACAGGCCUCUGGAGGCAGCUUCGCUCCCGGGGAUCCACGCGCCAGGGAAGCUGGACGCAAGGGUGGCUCUUCGACGAACGCUGACGCUCCUGAGGAGUAA